AGAGCAGUUUGGCUCAAGCUGCCUCCGUUUUUGGUGAGCUCACCAUGACUUGCCCGACUUUCCAGUGGGAGCAGGUGGGCGGUCGAUGCAGGCUCGUGGAGCCUGGCGACGUGGUGUCGUUGACCAGUGAGCAGAUUCAGGAAGCCAUGCAUCAGAAAGAGGUGAAGAAAAGGCAGAUGGAGAUGGAGGAACUGAAACGUCUGCGCGAGACUUGGCGCCGAGAACGCAAGAAGCGAAAAAGAGGGCAAGAAGAAAUGCUGGACAUGAUGAAGUUCCUGGAAUUGCACAAGUUUACCGGCGUGAAUACUCCGAGAUAUUCUUGCUUCGGCUUCAAGCGCACUUAUCCUUUGCACGUGGCCAUCCAAGAAGGGAACUUUCGGAUCUAUAAGCUCCUCUUGAAGUUUGGUGCCGACUCCGAACUCAAGGACCAUUGUGGAAGGGUUGCUUACUCCGUGUGAUGUUCAUUCCCCCACCCCACGGCCCCCGCCUCGUCACACUUGGCACAGAAAUUCGUGCUGAGAUGUUGAAGAAAAGAGAGCUCGUCGGC